UUGUCUUACGUGCUUGGUCUCACUGGCCCGAGUCUUGCGGUUGACACCGCCUGUUCGGCGUCUCUAGUUGCGUUACAUAUAUGUGGUCUUUCGUUAGUCCUCGACAAGAUACCACAUGCUGCAGUUAGCGGAAGUCUGCUACUAGCUUCUAUGGUGUCGAUCAUUUUCUCUGUAGCAGGAAUGCUUUCUGCGCAUGGUCGAUGUCAUACAUUUGACGCUCGAGCAGACGGGUUCUGUCGCGGAGAAGGAGGUUGCGGAGCUUUUUUGCUGUCCUCUAGAGCCUCCGCUGAAGUUGCUGUCCUUGGGACGGCCGUGCAGCAAGACGGCCCAAGCGCGAGCUUGACCGCGCCCAACGGGUCAUCGUAA